AUGGAGGUUGAGGAUAAAUUAUUAAAGCCUAUCCGCUGUGACUACCCAGGCUGUUUGGCCACGUUCACCAGGAUUUGGAAACUGCAGCAACAUCUGAGUGUCCACACGGGGCAGAAGCCUUACAAGUGUUAUCAGGAGGAAUGUCAAAAGACUUUCACCCGAAAGUCUCAUCUGCAGCGACAUACACGCCAACAUUUGGGACAGAAACAUUUCAGGUGUACAGCUGAGGGUUGCAUAGAAACUUUUGUUAGCAGUGACCGUUUAAGGAAACACCUGAAGUAUCGGCAUGGCAACAAAGAAUACUUCAAGUGUUCUUCUGAAGCUUGUGGAAAGACCUUCAAGAAGCGUCGAGAUUUCCAGGUCCAUUGUUACGAGCACAGUAAAGAGCCUGCUUUUGUGUGCCAGAAGGAUGGAUGCGAAAUGAAGUUUAAGACCCCAAAUGAACGCAAAAUGCAUGAAAGAAAACAUAAUGGCUACUCUUGCAGUUUUAAAGAGUGCCAGUUUGUUGCCACUGCCUGGACACAACUACAGAAGCAUCUGAAAACUCAUCCAAUUGAAUACAGCUGUAUCUAUUGUGAAAAGAAAUUGAAAGGCUCAAGUGCCCUCCGUAGACACAAGCGGACCCAUAUGGUACAGGGCUCUGAGUGGGCUUGUCCAAUGGACGAUUGCAAACUGAAUUUCAGAACUGCCUUUAACUUGGAACAUCAUAUCCGAAAAGACCAUUUCAAGAUCCUGGAAUACAAAUGCAACUUCCCAGACUGCCAGAAGGCAUUUGCAAUGAAAGAAAGUCAUCUCCGCCAUCUUGUGGUGCAUGAUCCAGAGAGGAAGAAACUGAAUAUCAAUCAUGACUGUAGACAAAAACGACGCCAAGGGCGGAGGAACUUGGUUAUCGAAGAGAAGCUGACUAGGCUCUUCAAUGAGAAAAAACUCUUCAAAUCGAAAAGUAAGAUUGAGAGUGACCUCUCUGGUCUCUUCAAUGAACGUAAAAUUACACAUCCUGUGACUAUUGAAGCCAAUCUGAAACAACUAUUUGAAAACCAGCUGUUUCUACCAGAAAAAUAG